AUGAAAACUCAUCUGGUUCUUACUCUUGCCAUUAUUCUAUUGAUUAGUUUAGUUUCUUGUUCUGUUCCUGUCGAUUCUUAUUCGAAUGUGGACCAAUAUAAUCCAAGUCCAAGAAGAAAACACUGUCUACAUAAGAAGAUAAUCAGAGGAAAGUGUUUGAAAUUCAAAAAGUUCAAAGUUUGCGCACACCAUUCAAAAAUCACCAAAUGUGUCAAAUUCAAAAAGUUCUGCAAAUGCAUCAAACUUGGAAAACCAAAGAGAAAAUGCAUCAAGUUCGGAUUCAGAAGAACUAAAUGUGCUGAUAGAAGAGGAUGGUCAACUUGUGAUCAAUACGGAACUAGACGAAUCUGUACUAAAAAGGCAUUCCAUCACUAUUGUGCAAAGCGUACCUUUAUUCCAAAGUGUGUCAAGCAUGGAGAACGAAAGGUAUGCAGAAAGUACAAGAAGGUUCCAAUAAGAAAGUGUGAAACCAAAAAGAUUUGUGAUUCUUAUUCGAAAUCAGUCGAUUCUUACCAACCACAAAAAUGCAAACACGUGAAAAAGUGCAAAAUCGUAUCCUUCGCCAAGAAAUGCGUCAAAUUCAGAAAAAUUAAAUUCUGCAAGCUAAGAAUUCUCCUCAAGAAGUGUCUCCAAAUUAGGAAAAACUCAUAUUGUGCCCAAUUCAAGUGUAAGAAAGUCUGUAAACACAAGAGAAGAUUCUUCCAAUGUGUACGAUUCCACAAGGAAAAAUACUGUUCCCAACAACAACAUUUCCCGCCAAAAUGUCUCAAACGAAAAGUUUACAAAAAGUGCAUUAGGAAAAUUGAGAAGAAAAUUUGCAAAAUUUGGAAACAAAAGAAAAUUUGCAAAAAGUAUCAAAAGAAGAGAAUUUGUUUAAAGAGAAAACCAUUCCAAAUCUCAAAAUAA